AUGAGUUCGCAGAGACUCGCCAACACUCAGCCCACCUAUGACUUCCUCGCAGGCGGAUCGCCCUCGUCUCCUUCGGCGUCAUCGACCCAGCAUCCGUUGCGACAGUCUCUCCGUCCGUCUCAACCGUCCAAGACGGAAGCGGAAAAUCACGAACUACGCGUGCAACUGAAUACCUUGAAAUAUGAAUUGGAGAAUCUCAAGCAGGAGCGAGAUCUCAUGGCACUACGCCAUGAGAAAGAGCUUAGGGACUUGCAAAUGAAAGCCGACGCGGACUUUAGAAAGGCUCAGGGCGCCGAAGCUGCCAGCAAUCGAGCCAACCACAAAAGCGAAGCGCUUGCCAAGGAACUGAAAGAGGCUCAAGAGUCCGCACUCAGCGAAAAGGCUAGCUUAGAGAGAAAGAUCAGGACAUUGCAAGAUCAGAAUCAAUCGUUGCAGGAAGAGGUCAACGACGCCCAGGCGCAGUUAUCUGACCAAGAGAGACAAUACAAGUAUCAAAUCAAUGAGCUGGAAACCAUCCGCUCGUCGUUGCAGAAGACGCUGGAAGAUCUGCAAAGAGAUCUCCAAAGUGCACGGGACAAUUUAAAUGCUGUGCAAGAGCGGUUGUCGCAGCGUGAAGCGGAAGUCGCCAGCCUCGAGGCAGAAAACUUGCGCCUGAGAGCAGAAGGAGGUGAUUCCGAGACGCUGGCCGUCCUGAAAAGAGAACUGUCGGAGCAGGUGAACCACAUCAGGAACUUAGAGACAACAAACCGCGAGCAGCUGGCAGAGUUGCGCCACCUGCGGAAAGUUCAAAGGAACGUGGAUGUUGUCGAGGAGCAAAAGAGAUCGCUCGAGAAUAAAUUAAACCUGAUGAAAGAUCUGGAAGCCGAGCUUGCGAACGUGCAGAUCCAGAAACAGAUGCUUGAGGAUGAGAGGCGAUCAUGGACGAGUCUUCUGCAAGCAGAUGGCCUGGCAGCUGAACUCGAUUCCCCAGAAGCGGUUGUGAAGGCAUUAGUUCAAGAGCGAAUGGAGAAAAUCACGCUUCUUGAUAAGCUUGGCAGUAUCGAGCCUCGGGUGCUUGAGAAGGAGGAAAUCAUAAAGGACCUUGAAAUGGAGAAGAAUCAGUUGAAGCAAGAGGUCGAGAAGUUGCGCAGUGCCAGUUCUACUGCAGGAGGAACCGCAGAGAGCCGGGCAAGGCUCAGACUGGAGCGUCAACGAACCCUUGCAAUCAAGGAGGUGGAAUAUCUCCGUGCCCAGCUUAAGACUUACGAUACCGAGGAGAUGACGAUGAAUGCGGAUGAAAGUCGAUAUGAUGAGCAAAAGUCCAAGCAGAUCGCGCAGCUUGAGCAGCUCAUCGACGAGUACCGUGCAGAGCUACAGAAGGCGCAUGACGAGCUGUCGAGCCGGGAGAUGCAGCAGGACGAGUCACAGCCACGAGGUGUCAAGCGACCUCUUUCACCAGCCGACAGUGAUGCGGAACCUGAGCGGAUCGCGGUUCUCUCGCGCAAGAACCGAACACUUCAGGACGCACUGUCAAAAUCGGAGCAGAAUGUAGCCCUUUUGAAACAUGAGCUGGAAGCGACCAAGUCGCACCUCCAUGAACUGCAAGAGCAGUCGCGUGUCCGCAUUCUCGAACUGCGGUCAAACCCGACAGCCGAGGCCGAGAAUCUCAAGUUAUCCACCAUUAGAGCUCUGAAGGCGGAAAACCGCGACCUCCUUGCUCAGUUGCGAGGUGAACACCAGAACGUCAAGGUGGUCCCAGUCAGCACCCUGGAGAGCAUGAAGCUCGAGCUGCAGGAGCUGGAACGAACAGUCGCCGAGAAAGAGAAACGCAUGCGUCGCCUGAAGGAGAUCUGGACAGCCAAGUCGUCCGAAUUCCGCGAAGCCGUGGCGUCGGUGCUGGGAUACAAGCUGGACUUCCUGCCCAACGGCCGGGUGCGCGUCACGUCCAUGUUCCACCUCUCGCCGGCGUACCGACACGGCAACCGGAACGCGCCGGCCGACGCCAGAGGGCCGGGCAGCAUGGGCAACGGCGAGGAGAACUCGAUCAUCUUCGACGGCGAGAACGGCACGAUGAAGAUCUCGGGCGGGCCCAACAGCCUGUUCGCGAUGGAGAUCAAGCAUCUGAUCAAGUUCUGGGUCGAGGAGCGCAAGGACAUUCCUUGCUUCCUGGCUGCCAUGACGCUCGAGUUUUACGACAAGACGACCCGUGCUGCGAGGGUGUAA